GGAACGGUGAAGCAGGGCGGGAAAGAGAGAGAUAGAAACAGAGAGGGAUAACGGGUUGGUUGCUGGAGGAGCAGCAGCAGCAACAGCAAUAGCAGCUGUCAUUUUAACCACGCACGUGUGCGUAAUUUCCUCCCCUAUUUUGCCAUUGACGAGCGGGGGCCGCCGCCUUUCAUUGUAUGAAAGGGCCCGCUGGUAGGUGAGAUUGUUUUUGUUCAGCUCUGGCAGGGGCCGGAGACAAAAGAACAGACGGAAACGACUAGGCGAGGAGCCGAUAAAGCAGGGCGCAAAAACAACGAACACCGCGUGCGCAAUCAUUGGUGGGGUUCUUCUUCUUCUUCUUCUUGCAAAGGAUAUUAGACAGACGAGAGUCUUGUCAGUGUGUCUUGGGCUUGCUACUACUACGCAACGAACUCUAACAGACCCCUCAAAAACGGUCCCCGCGUGAAUACACUAGACAAACACAUCGAAAAGACGAGGCUGGUUCCUUCAAUCCACACAAAAUACUAAUGGUGGUAGUGUGCUAGGUUCAGUACUUUAAGAGAAAACUGUGAAGCAAACAUUGUGAAGUGUGACGGUUAAAGCAUAGCAGCGCGAACAAAGUACGCGAUCACAUACACGAUCCUCACUGCCAAACUGCAUUCGCAUUCGCCAUAUACUUAAAGCGUGAAAAACUCUGUGUUCCUCGUACCCAAAUAGAGACUGUCCAAUAGUGCGCUAUUUACACACACACACACACACACACACUGAGAAAACUUCCACACUGCCAGGGCUUUUGCUCCACACACACAAACAGCGCGCGUGAGCCCCGGGAGGCAGUUUCGUUUCGCUUUCCGGAAACGAUUUGUGCAACCUGGAGGAGGGUGUGAUCCAGUGUACGGAAGUGAACGAACGGAACACUAGAGGGAGCGGCAGCUUUACCCCCUUUCCAGCAUGGCAACCGACAGUGGCGAUGUCGCCACGCUGGCCCAAUCAGCGGUGGCGGAAAAGCGCCAGGAGGAGGACAACAACAACAAGAUCGACCUGGUAGCGGAUGCGGUAACGAAGCUGUCCAUAAACGGUACCGCACCGGUGGCGGCGGCGGCAAAUGGUGAAGCGGAGGAGGAACCGGGCACCACCGAACCGUCGGACAACGCGCUCAACAACAAUGAUGGAGGUGGCGGCGGCACUGCAGCGACCGGGAACAAUAAUAACGCCUCGGAUCCGGCCACUCCGACCACGCCGACCGGUGGGCUGUCGAUUGGCAAGCGCAUCCGCCGCACGUCCGAGAAGCUGAACGAGGAUGCGGUGAGCGGGGUGCGCAAGAAGUACUCGCUCGAUCUGCUGCUGUCGCUGAAGGAUUCGGCGAUUGGGCGCGAGAAGCCCACCACGAUACCGGACGUUUGCAAAUCGCUGCUCAAGUCCAGCCCGGGCACGUUCGUGUCCUCCGCACGGCACAUGGGCGGUCGAGGUGGCGGCGGCGGCGGCGGUGGUGGUGCUGGCGCCGUCAGCGGACAGGACAACUCGCUGCUGCCAUCGUUCAUGAAGAGCAUGGGCUUCGGUGGCCCGAUGCCGUCGUCGGUCGAAGGAAGCGGAAUGGAUAGCCCGUCGGGCGGUGGCCGGCCGCCCAUGAACCGCAACCUGUACCGUGGCCGGCUGUCCGCGAAGGAGAUGUCGACCCGCACCGGCGCAAUGGCGGGCGGGGACGACACGGACGGGCAGAUGAUCAAGGUGAACCUGAACAUUAGCGAGGAGGUGAAGUUAAAGUCCUCCUCGAACGCGUGGAAACCGUCCUUCAUGCAGCCGAAGGUGGCGGCCGACCCGGAAACGGAAAAGACCCAGAAGCUGUCGCGCGAGUUCCGCAGCGCGCUCAACAAGCUGACGCCGGAGAACUUUGGCGUGCUGAAGGAACAGAUCAAGGCGCUCACGAUCGACACGGAGGAGCGGCUGACCAACUGCAUCAAGAUCCUGUUCGAGAAGGCCAUCAUGGAGCCGAACUUUUCCGACACGUACGCGCAGCUGUGCCGGGAGCUCGGUACGGAGAUCAAGGUUAGCCCGAGCGGUGCGACCGGGCAGGUCAUGAGCCUGAAGCGCGUGCUCAUCUCCCAGUGCCAGGCGGAGUUCGAUAAGCACCGCACGGACUGCAAGCGCAACACGAAGCUGCAGCAGGAGAACGACAAGCGCACGGAGGCGGGCGAACAGACCGCGGAACAGACCGAGGACAUGAAGAUGGAGCUGGAGGAGCAGACGAACCGCAUCCGGAGGCGAGCGCUCGGCACGAUCCGCUUCAUCGGUGCGCUGUACAAGCAGGAGCAGCUGAGCGCAAACAUUAUGCUGAAGUGCAUCAUGAAGCUGCUGCAGGACGACGUGCUGGACGAGGAGUCGCUCGAGUGUCUGUGCAAGCUGCUGACCACGAUCGGCGUGCGCAUUGAGGCGACCGCCCAAGACUCGUCCGGCACGCUGCAGGAGUGCUUCAACAAGCUGCAGCGCAUCUCGGAGCGCCAGAUACUGCUGCCGAACGGGGAGCCGGUGUGCAAUCGCAUCCGGUUCAUGAUCAUGGACCUGCUCGACCUGCGCAAGGACAAGUGGCGAGGGAGACUGGCCCAGGCGGCGCCGAAAACGCGCGAAGAGAUCCAGCGCGAGGUGGAGGCGGAGGAGAACAAGAACUGGCUGCUCAGCUAUAAGCUGCCGCGCGGUGGAGGUGGAGGUGGUGGUGGCGGCGGCGGUGGUCGUGGAGGUGGUGGUGGUGGCGGCGGUGGUGGCGGUGGCGGUGGUGGCGGAAGUGCACAGAAGAACAAGCGCAUGGUCGAUGAGGAUGGGUUCAUGCUGCCGGCCAACUCGCGCAACAAUGCCUGGACCAUGCUAUCGAUCGAUCCGAAGAAGAUAAACAUUUCGGUUCCCAAACCGCAGACUGGUGAAACGCGCCUCGGAUCGGCCUCCAUGUUCCAGGGCUGGGGUGGAAAAACAAACAACGUGUUCGCGUCCCUCAACAUUGACGAGUCGGCUGCCCAACCGCCAAGCUUCUUCGGUGCGUCCGGUCCGAUGGGUGGUGGCAGUAGUGGUGGUAGUGGUGGUGGUGGUGGUGGUGGAAGUGGCGGCAGCGGUGGUGGUGGAAGAGGAGGUGGUGGUGGAGGUGGAGGUGGUUCCAAGGGUUCGCAAUCCCACAAAAAGGGUGGCGGUGGUGGCGGCGGCGGUGGCAACAACUCCAAAACGCCCCAUUACCUCGGCCGAACCAGCAGCCACUUGUGAUAGGGCAAUCAUCAGCAGCAAUGAUCGAUCGACACCGAACAGCAGCACUAACCCCCGGCCAUCAUCAUCCACGUGCAAUGAGGUAACAGUGGAAAGAGAGAGAAUGGGAGAUAAACACACAGCAGCCAAGGAGUGAGGCUGCAAAAUUGUGAAGCGCUGGCGCAGAAAUGAUCGAGAAAAUCACGAGAAGAAGCUAAAUUUGCUGCGAAAGAUGAGGUAGAUGAUGGAGGUGCGCGAGUGGGGCUGCUCUGUUUUGUUACGCUACUACCACAUCCCAAUUGCGCUUUAUUUUUGACACAAUUUCGGUAGGUCCGGCAUCGCAGUCAGUUGGUUUUUAACUUACGCCUCAAAACACACGAAACGGUCGAAACGGGGGUCGCGCCUCCUUUUCUCAUUGUGACAUAGGGAAAGGGGCGAAGAUUUGCAUGAGGGCACCAGGGUUUACUACAGGGCCUACUACUGAGAGAGAUGAGAUCAAGAUUAGAUCUUCUUCUUCGCCUAGGUUUCGUCCCGCAGCAGAUAUACCAUACCUCUUUGUGUCUGGUAGCCUGUUUGUGUGUGUAUUUAUGUGUGUAUGUAACUCUCCUCGUACAGCUGGCUUUUUGGGUAGGCACAUUUUAUGAUGAACGCAUUAAAAUUCAAUGUAUCGCUCUACGCACUCAAUGGAGGAACAGCAGCAAAACAUAAUGCAGGGGGCUGGAUCACUGUUUAGUAAACCUUUAUCUGCACACUUUAACUGUUACUAUUGCGAAUUCUGUGGUUUCCGUCUCCCUCUAUUUCUCCUUUUGAAAGGGUUUAUUUUCAGGUUAAUUUCCCACUUGUUCUUUUCCUGUAAACCGAUCGUGUCAAAGAAAUAUGGACCGAUCUAGGUUUUGAGUAUCUAAAGUACGAGGUUGUAACGAAGAAGCAGAAGAAGAAGAAGAAGACACGCAAAAAAACCCGCAUUGGUACUAUUGCUAACAUGAUAUUGAUGAUGAUGGAAGAGAGCGUGAGGAGGUGAGAUAGAGAAAUGAUUGUGUUUUCCUUCCGCUAUUAAUUUUUAUAACCUUCCAUACAAGAAAAAAAAAAGAAAAAUCUAGCCACAAAUAGGAAAACAGUGGAACGACGCGAGGGAGAAUGUGUUUUCACGAAACAAAACAAAAAAAUAAGCAGAGAUAUACUCGAUAAAAAAGAAGCCGUACUAAUAUGUAUACAUUAGUUGAUUAGUUAGGACGCAAAACCGAUAAAAAAAUUGAGAAGCGAGGCGAUAUCUUUAAGAUCCUCUCUACCAUACCCCCUCGACACACACGGUUCUAAGCCAAAACAUGCAACAAUUGCAGCAGGUGCGGUUGCAGUAUGAAACAUUUAAAGCAGAAACUGCUUCCAUAAGUACAGUGUCCAAACAAAAAAGAAGAAAAAAGCUAACCGUUUAAAAAACAAACUAUGGCACAGAACGGCGGAUUGGGUAAAGCAGCAUUAAUAUAUACAUGAAUGAGCAAAAAAAAAGAGAAAGCAAAGCAGAAAUAGCACCAUAUAUAUUAGCAAUAUAAACCAUACAUUAUAUAUAAACCAUGAGAAAACAAGAAACAACGUGUUUGAUGAAUAUAGGACUAAAAAAAGGAAGAGGAGCAGGGUGCUGCUUCUCGCAGGAAACAUGCAACAGUGCAACCUGGUUCUUCCCGUAAACCUCUGUGGCCCAGAAUCGAGGGGCGCAGUUCAAAAAAUAGCAAGAAGACACAGUUUCAGGUACGAUGCAUGAAAAAGCAUGAACUAAUAAAAAUAUAAAUCGUACCUCUUACCAAGCCACAUUAAAACAGUGUAAAAUGGGGAUGUGCGCAAACAACAAACAAUAGGGGAAUUAUAACUCUUCAGUUAAUGUAACUUUUUUCUUUUUUUGAAUAUUUACAAUAUCAAAACGCGCAUUGUGCUUCACUGAUCGUGUGUCGUUGGACGACGUUAAGCAUUAGUGCGCAGCCUCCUCUCCCGUCAAGAAAAGAGGUCUAACAUCUGCCCUCCCCACCCGGAACACAUUAGUUAGUACCGCAGCCAGGAGAAUGUAACAAACAAAUAGACAAACAAAUAUUGAGCUGAAGGGCAAACAAAAAAAAGCUGGAUAAGCAGCAGGAACACACUACUUACUAUUACUACUACUUGUAAGCUACAUUAGAUGAUAAUUUAGGGUUUUAAAAUGAAUUUGGAAUUGGAGGAUGAAGGAAGAUUGGAAGUACGUCGGUCGAAACUACGCUCCACUCAUAUCGCAAACAGCCAGCAACCACGUGGUGUGGCACAUGUGGGUUGUCUUUAUACAUAAACCAUCUCUUCCAAGAAGUAACUACAAUACGCGCUGCUACUACUGUUAUUACUAGCAAACACACACACGCUGCCGUCUGGAAUAAAGGUAUGCCAGAUGGUACCAAUUCGGAGGGGAAAAAAACGCAUUCGAUUGUGCGAUUAUGCGAUAUGAUGGAAUGUGGUGAAGCAGCAGCUUGCAGUUAAUAAACAUGUUGUACCGUGGCGUACACGUGUCAUGUGUGGUACUAGAGUGAAUAAAAAAAAACAAUACCUCCACAGACUACGUACGCGUGCGUGACCCCGACGCUUGGGGUCCCAAAAUGUAGCAUUAUAAAAUAUGAAAUGGGUUUCUUUAGCUAUCAAAAAUAGUCUCUAACGGACGGCCGGACGGCACUCAUGCUCUGAUGAUGAUGGUGAUGAUGAUGAUGAUGAGCCGAUGUCCCCCACAGGGACGGGCGCGUGCUAGCAGCAGUUAUAUGGCAUAUAUUAUUAUGAUUAACUAUAAUCUCCACUUUCCCUUUCCCUUUUGCGCAACAAGCUACGGUUAAAUUUGACCUUCCCGCUCCCCUCCUCCUUCCCACCCAUACAAACUGUUACUUUCUAUCUAUUGUUCUUUGUUUUUCGUUCUACUUUUCCCCCCACUUUCUUCGCUCGGUUAAUUAGUGUAAGGAAACAUGUAAACGGUACGCGGUUACAGUGUAAAUAAACGACAGUCGCCUCCAUUUGUAAUAGCAAGCAA